AUGGCCCGGCUGUUCUCGUUCAUCCAGCGUAUCUACACGGAAACCGAAAUCUGUUUGCCGGCCCAUCACAGCUGUUCCGCCUUGUUGCUAUGGAGCGAUACGUUCGUACGCUACCCGGAGCGUACCAUGGCCCGCUUGGAUCUAUCAUCCGUUGCACCACUCCCUGCGGAGUUACUUCGGAAGGGAACAACCGGAACGGAACUGCGAUCACAACAGCUCGUCUGUUUCCAUGGCGAACCCGAUCUUGAGAGGAUUAUGUUGGGAGAGGGUAUGGCUGGUACUCGAGUGUGUCACGGUGCCAUCUCUGAGGAGACGAUACUAGAGUGGGCCUGGGAAUCCUGGCGUAUGGCCGUUGGACCACCGAUGCGCCAACCGUAUGGCCGAUUGAUUGAGCUUAUGAACGCGGGAUGUCUGCGGGGAGCGAAUCAACGCGACGUCGGCGAGUGCUGGCGUGAAGAGCUAGAGAUGCCGGAUCUGGCCCGCCUGGUAGACCGAUUGUGGCAAGACGUUAAGCCCUUCUACCAGAAGCUACAUGCCGUUGUACGGUACUUUGUCCGUCGUAGACACCCCGAAUCGGCAUCCCUCAUCGAUACCGAUGGAUUAAUACCGGCACAUCUGCUCGGAGGCAUGUGGAGCCACAGCUGGACCAGCUAUGCACGCUCUAUUCUACCCCAUCCAGUGGAUAUAGAUCAACGGUUCCACCGAGCAAACUGGACCGCGAUCGAUCUCGUCCGACGUGCCGAAGACCUGUAUGCCUCGCUCGGGUUGGAACGGAUGAGCGAAACCUUCUGGAACAGGAGUGUCAUCGGGAACGAAUCGAUCGUCAAGUGUCACGGAACGGCCGCCAACAUGUACGCCCCAUCGGAUUACCGGAUGAUCGUGUGUCCUCCGAAGGAUGGUGGUACGCUGCAGGACUAUUACGUCACGGUGCAUGAGAUGGGUCACAUCGUGUACUACAUGGAAGCCGCUAAGCAACCGACCAUCUUCCAAGAUGGUACUAACGCCGCCUUCCAGGAAGCAUUCGGCGAUGCCAUGUUUCUCGCCGCGGUAACACCACAGCAUCUCGUGCGCCUAUCUCUGUUGGAUUCAAAGCAUAUGGCUCCGGACAGCGACGCAUCGAACGGUCUUGACGGGACGCUGAACUCUUUCGAUUACGCGUUUCUGCUUCGCAUAGCACUAACCAAGGUGCCGACCAUACCCUUCGAGUAUCUGAUGGAUGUGUACCGCUGGGAUUUGUUCGAUGGUUCCGUCAAUUAUGGCCAGGACGUCAACAAUUACUUCUGGUAUUUGCUCGAGGGAGAACAAGGUAUUCGGGCACCGUCGGUCGUACCACGUGACGCACUGUUCGAUGCCGGUGCCGGUUUCCAUCUCUCGGACAAUACACCCUUCGUGCGCUACUUCCUGGCCAGCUUUCUGAGCUACCAAAUCUACGAGGGACUAUGUAAGGGCUCUCUGUACGGUACGGUCAGGGCAAAUCCGGUCAACGAAAUCCCUAUGCCACUGCAUCGGUGUGAUCUGUACGGAUCGAAGAAGGCCGGCAAGCUGCUACGGAAAGCACUGGCCCCCGGUGCAUCCGUUCAUUGGACGACCGUACUGGAGCAGCUAACCGGAGAGGUGAACAUUUCGGCAGCCAGCAUGCUCAAGUACUAUGCUCCCCUGAUCGACUUUCUAGACCGGUUCAUCGACGAGCACCAGCUCGUGGUCGGCUGGACUGAUUAA